AUGGCCGCCGUGGCCACCUUCUCCAAUGUUUUGCAGCCAUGGCCCCCGUUGCCUCUAAACUUUAUUUCUGAACCUGCAACACGAGCUACCGCGGACAGGCUGUUUCAGUGCGUGUACGAGGGUUGCAUAUUGGGGUCGAAUAUCGGAGUGGAACGGCGCCCGUACCACCACAAUUACGGUUGUGUCCUACACAACAAGUCACGUAACAAGCAAUGCACCCACGGAGGGCCUAAGAGUAAGAAAGUGUCGUAUCCGCUGAGGCGAGCUUGGAACAAAGGGAACCUGUCUUUGGUGGCUUUCGCCGGUUCUUCCGUGCACUUCUCGCCGUCUUCCUUGCCAGCUCAGCACAACCACGUGGUCGAGAGGGCACAUCAUCGACGACGCUCACAUCAACAAUUGGAUACUUUGUGUGAUGAGGAUAAGGAGGAUGAGAAAGAGGAUAUUGUUUUCUUCAAGGUUUGA